AUGAUACUGACAAUUGCUGCCAAGCUUCCAGGAAGAACUGACAAUGAAAUAAAAAAUUACUGGCACGCCCACCUGAAAAAGCACAGUAAAAACAAUUCGUCAUCAACAACUAUAUCAGAAUUGGUGGGAACAUCCGAGGAAGUUGAAGCUAACAAGAAUGAUUCUUCUGGGAAUCAAGAUCUCCAACUAAUUAGUGAUUCCCCAAAAGUGCCAAACAUGGAUGGCAUUAAAGGUAUCCCGACGUCACUACAAAUCUAUAUGUCUACUAAUGAUAUUGUCUCUUCUUCAAGCAGUACUGACCCUCCAGUUGAAGAUGCUAGAAACCAAUACACGAUAGAUCAGGACGAGAUCAAUUUUAGUUCGUCCAACGCUUCUGAAAUAAUCCAAAGUAUAUGGGAGCUGCCAUAUUUUUCAUUCCAGGACAUAUUCAUGCCUGAAACAGACCCUGGAUUUAUGGCUCCAACUACUGCGAGGUGCCACCAAGAGCCAAUGUAUUCAGAUGUUUGA